AUACACAAAAUCUAAACUCUAAUUAACCCUAAAUAUAUCCCAACUUUUAACAUACACAAAAUCUAAACUCUAAUUAACCCUAAAUAUGUCCCAACUUUUAACAUACACAAAAUCUAAACUCUAAUUAACCCUAAAUAUGUCCCAACUUUUAACAUACACAAAAUCUAAACUCUAAUUAACCCCAACUGAUGUUUUUCCAUGGACCCCGAAUAUCCUAAUAAAUCAGUUCAUUAUUCUAUGGCGUGCAAUAAAUAAAUAGAAAUCGUCAAAAAAAAAAAAAGUUAAAGAAACAUAAAGGAAAGAUAAAGCACAACCCUACACUCAGUCAAACUAUAGGUCGUGUAGACACUCUUACUCCGUUGACAUAGCCCCAUUGAUCGUGAAAGCUUUUUGGGACCAAGGAAAUUUAAUAGACACGGUCACACGGAGGGAGUACAUCUAACAUCGAAUUUUCUAAGUAAAAUGAAUUACUAGUUAGCUAGGAGUAUUCUAUACGAUAUGAACAAGAAACUGGUGAUGAAUUUUCUUCCCAAUUUACAAAAGAGUACUUGUAUGAAACAAGCAGAGGUGACUUUUGUGGAGCUCUCAUUUUAAAAUUUUCAAUGGAAGAUGGCUUACUUGAACAACUAUGCUCUGCCAUGAUGAUCAGUGUAUUACCUCAUCAUGGUAUCAGACUAUCAGGUUACGCUUGAGAAGUGAAGGGAAGAAUAACAAGGACCGACAAUGACAAAGCACCGGCCUUUGAUAAAUUUUAAAAUUUUGGACUUAAUUAGCUUCCUCGAAGCUAAUGUCAAGGUCAAUGAAAUAAGACUCAUGCAAUCUAAAGUUUUCAUCAAAACAAAAAAAAAAAAAAAAAAAAGAAGAAAGUUGACAUAUUGACGAAUAAAACGAAUUACUUGUCUAUUACAAUGACCUACCGGCCUGGUUAUUUCUUUCCACAUUAAACUCUGACUCUCUAAUGAACAAAAUUUAGCAAGCUAGAGUAGUGAAUAACGUUGAUAAAGCAAUCUUAUAAGUAAAAGCCUACAAUAAUUCCUUUUUUAAAAUAAAAAAAUAUGACAGAGUUUAUAAAAAAAAAAAAAAAACAUGCUUGGCUUUGAUAAAAUGCGGUAACCAUGAAUAUGAUCAUGUGGAAUGGUCUGAGCUAAUCCAAGCAAUUGAACAAGCUCAAACAAAGGAAAUGUUACGGAUCUUGAACAAGGAUCCCCAACUUAUAUACAUUACGGAUAUGGUUGGAGAAACUGCUCUUCAUGCUGUCGCACGAGCAGGCCAUGCGCUAACUGCUUCUAAGAUCAUGCAGUUUAUUGGAAAUCGGGACAAGGUGUUGAUGAAAAAAAACAUAGAUGGGGAGACGAUCUUGCACUUGGCACUUAAAAAUAGGCACCAAGAAACUGCUUACCAUCUGGUUGAUUUGUUUAGAAUGACGGUGUCUCAAGUGAAUAACGAUUGAGCUUCUCCCUGGGACCUCGCGAAAGAGGCUGGCUAUUUUGACGUGUUGAGGAAAAUGAACGUCAUACCAUGCGCAGGUAUAGCCAACAUUGAGAUGACACUAGUAAGAAGAGACAUUAUUGAUUUCGAUGAGUCUCAACAGAAAUGGAUUGGAAACAUUGGUUGUAUGAGAUUGAGUAAUGUAAAGGACGCUUUUUUUUCAGUCCGCAUUUGGAGUCAGAUUGGAGCAAUUAUGGUUAGAGAUGGAUAGAUUUGGAGGGAAUCUUCUCCAUAUUGCUGCACGAUUAGACCGUGUUGAUUUACUCAAGUUAGUGGUUCAGUUCAUGACUAGUGAUGAGCUAGGUAGUUUGCCAUUUAAGAGGAACAAAGAUGAUGAUACUGCCUUGGACCUUGCACUCAAGGCUAAGCACAAAAAUGCGGCCAUGUACUUGUUCAAGCUAGCACCCAAGUGCUCAUAUUUGCUCAACAGAUUUGGAGUUUCCACAUCAUAUAGGACCAUCGAGUUAGGGGAUGAGGAUCUGGUGAGGUACAUUUUUCAACUGAUGCUGGGUAAUUCCAUGGACUCGUCCACACGUAAGAGCUUGCUUAAGGCUAAGAUGUCAGUUGUGUAUGCUGCUGUGAAAUCAAGGAAUAACUUAGGCAUAUUGGAAAUAUUGAUGGAGGAGUUACCCGAUUGUAUUGAAUCUUCAAAUGAACAAGGAUGGAAGGCUUUAUCUUAUGCAGCAUAUGAAGAUUACUUAGAUAAAUGUCGAUAUAUUCUGAAGAAAUUUCCAGAAGCAUCAAGGAAAAAUGAUAGAGAUGGGUCUUUUCCUAUACACAAAGCAGUUGGAGCAGGUCAUGUUUACAUUGUAGAGGAGUUUCUGUCAUCUUGUCCUUCAACAAUUUAUGAUGUUGAUAGAAAAGGUCGAACUAUUCUUCAUAUUAGAUAUGCAAAAGCGGAUGUUUUCUCUUAUUUAACAAAGAAGGAACAAGUUGAAAACAUUUUCCAUUUCAAAGAUCACAAGGGUCGAACUUUCAUUGACUUAGCACAACAGUUUAAGAAUUGCACUAAUAUUCUGGCUUCAUGACUAGCUAGCUAGUACUUUUACGACAAUACUAAAUAAUGACAAUAAUGAUGGAAAGUUAAUGUAAUUUUGGUAGGAACAUCAUUUGACAAAUUUAAUGGACAUGCUUAUUCUCCUUCAACAAUGUCAUUUUCUUCAUUAAAUUUAUUCCAGUGCAUUACCAUUUGAACAUGUGGUAUUAUGUGGUAAUGGAAAAUUAUGAAAAAAAACUUUAUAUGAUCAGAUUAAACUUUCAUUACUAUGAGAAUGACAUAAUACACAUCAUGAAAAUUUACAUUAUAAAUUAUUUUUAUUCCCACC